GCCGCGGUGACGUUACCGGAAGAAGAUCCCGCGCUUUCACUUGUGCGUGACAGGAGGAUCCGGUGGCACGCAGAGAAUCCGAGUCUGCAUUUGCUAUAAGACAGGAUGGCUGGGCUGCCCCGCAGGAUCAUUAAGGAAACACAGCGUUUACUGGCAGAGCCAGUCCCUGGAAUAAAAGCUGAGCCAGAUGAAAACAACGCGCGUUAUUUCCAUGUGGUCAUCGCAGGUCCGCAAGAUUCCCCCUUUGAGGGAGGGACAUUUAAGCUUGAAUUAUUCCUUCCAGAAGAAUAUCCCAUGGCAGCUCCGAAAGUGCGAUUCAUGACUAAAAUCUAUCACCCUAAUGUAGACAAGUUGGGAAGGAUAUGUUUAGAUAUCUUGAAAGAUAAAUGGUCACCUGCUCUUCAGAUCCGUACAGUGCUGCUAUCAAUUCAAGCUUUGUUAAGCGCUCCCAACCCAGAUGAUCCUUUAGCAAAUGAUGUAGCCGAGCAGUGGAAGACAAAUGAAGCCCAAGCCAUAGAAACAGCCAGAGCGUGGACCAGGCUAUAUGCCACGAACAACAUUUAAAUCACCCCGAUUUUCAAGUGUGCAUCACUUCUGUUCUGCCAAGACCUUAACCUUAUUUUUGUUUGCAUUUAAUGGACACAGUCUUAAAAAAAAUAAAAUUAAAAUAAAAAAUACAUAAUUAAAAAGCCCAUACAUGGUCAGUUUUUGGUGAUUAAAAAUGCACAUUAGCAAAUCUCAUGUCUUGUCCUAAUUCACUUUGUAGAGCAUGAGCAGAGGCUGUAGAAUAUAUCACUGGCAUGAUCCGCGAUGUUCAAAAGGGGUGACAAGACCUCUCCCAUAUUCCCGUCAUGAGUUGAGUAUAGGCACAGUGAAUGGAAUUAGUCUAGGUUGCUUGCCGUAUCAGUGUGUUUUGUUUCCAUUUUAUUUUUAAUUCAUGGGCUUGCUUCCCUUUUAUUGUACUCAUCAUAUUGCUAGGAUGCGGCUAACAUGUACUUUAGUGAACGUACCCCAUAGACAACUUAGGAAAAGUAGAUGGAUAUGCUUGACUGAAGAAAAAUGUGGAAUAAAUUUGGAACCCAACUAAAACCCAUCAAACCUUUUCACUAAUAUCUCCACUCUUCUGUACUCCAAGUGUUAGAACAUCUAAAGCUUAUGACCAUUGUGAAUGGCUUGUCUUGAAAAAUCUGUAAAUCUUAUGUUUUAGUAAAAUAUUUUUUUGUUAUUCUA